AUGGAUUUCUGCGGCGCUGGACUGGUGAGGCCCGACGUAAUCGAGCUGUUUAUUAUUCACUGCUUGCGGUGGUUGGGCUGCCGCCGUGCCGUCCGCAACGUCCGCAACGUCCGCAACGUCCCCACGCGCCGCCCUCGCCUCGUGUUGCGCAGAGAAGCGACCCCUGCUCAACUCAGCAACCUUACCGAAGCCUUCGCUCCCGAGCACCUCCUGAGCUUCUGCCUGCCUGCGGCUUUCGCGACAGCCUGCAACCUGCAACCACGCCGCAGACACAGCACAUCCCAUACCGGCGUUCGUCAUGGCGGGCAACAAGUACAAGCCGUUGACGCUGACGCCCCAUCAACUUCUCUCUCACAGAGGGCACCUGCGAUUCCCGCGCCGCCCGAUUCGCCGCCCGAGAGUCCUCGCCCGCCCACACCUGGAAAGGGCCCGCUGUCCUCGCAUCCCACACCGCAGUCGGCAGUCUUUCCACACAGGGCCGCCGAGGGAACAAAUGGCAACGGAGAGUCGGCGGGAGGAGAGCAGCUGCAGCCUCGGUCCAGCGACGCGGCCAGCAGUACCCUGUCUCCCACGAGUCCGCAGAGACGACCAUCCUCGGUGCGAAAAUUCCUGGGCCUGCGUUCCAUUCCGUCCAACGACAGCCUCAAGUCGGACAGGCCUGGCUCGCCUGCCACCAUUAACAGCCAGGCGCCGACGCUGUCGCGAAGAAAGAGCAGCAGCUGGUUUGGCAAGAAGAAGACGAUCGGCUCCGUGCCCGAGGGCGUCGAGAACUCGAGGCCCGCUUCCAGCGCUCGCACAGUCUCGCAGCCUGUGCAGCCUGUGCAGCCUGUGCAGCCUGUGCAGCCACCCAAAAAGAAGGGCCCACCGCCGCCAGCCCUUCCCGAGCUCAAGUCGUUCGGGGUCAGCGAGGACUCGCUCAGCCUGGGCGCCGACGACAUGUUCAAGAACAUAGGUUAAUACGUUUCAACGCGGGUACAGAUGUGGGGUAUAAUAAUCACGAUGCAUUUCUGACGGGCCUGGACAUUUAUGACACUGGUCGAUUCUUCGUUUCUGGACGACUGGUUUGGGAGUUUAAGAUUGGGGAUUUUGAUUUGGCUUGCAUAGCAUUGCACACGAUACCCCAGUCGAAGGCAGAACAGUGGAGGACACACGAUGACGGGAGCGUACCUGGACAAGAGACAACGAGGUGCAUGAGCUGGCUGGGGACCAAGUGAAGGCGUGACGGCGACUUCUCCACUACGUCCUACUCCACAUGGGAUGCUAGCAAGCGUCUUCUUAUUUUGUGUAUAUUCAGGCGACUCGACUCUGUUGCUGCCAGACAUUGCAAAUAUCUAUUCUUUUGUUC